UGCGGCUGUAGCAGCGGCCAAUUCCGGCGUCUCUCAGUAGUUUCAGGUGAUGCGCCACCUUUAUCUGCAUAGCUAGCAUCUUUACUUUACCUGUGGUGUGAAAAGGCAAAGUAAAUCCUGUCUUUACUUUCUUGAGUAGUGUACUUUCUUUCAACGAACCUUGUAUCGUGGUUCCACUUUAGUGGAAAGCAUGGCGGGCGUGCUGCUGCUGCUGCUGCUGCUCCACCUCAUACCGGGGUUGGCAACGGCGAUCGGGUCCAUCUGUGGCGGCGGCCGCAACUACAAAGCCGACAGCACCUACCAGUCCAACCUCGCCGUGCUGGCCGCCACCCUGCCCAGCAACGCCUCCUCCUCCCCACAGCUCUUCAUCACCGCCAACGCCACCGCCUCCUCUUCCCCGCAGCUCUUCGCCAGCGCCAGCGCCAGCAUGUACAUGCUGGCGCUCUGCCGCCGCGACACCACCAACCUCACCGCAUGCACAGAGUGCCUCAACUCCGCGUUAAAUUACGCGCUGAAAAUGUGCCCGAACAGCAGGACCGCAACAGUCUACUUCGACUACGACGAGGUAAACGCGCUUCGACCAGGCUGCCUCCUUGGAUUCUCCGACGACGGCAGCUUCCUCAGCCCGGCGUCCGGCACUACCGGGAACGGUACCUUAUUCCAGUAUUUUAGCACGGCGAACAUCCGCGGCAACGACGGUGUCGUCGCUGAUGCCGUCAGGGAGCUCCUGAGGCAGACGGCACAGGACGCGGCCACCACGGCGAGGAGGUUCGCCACAGCGUUCAUGGACUCCAUUGGCCGCGGCACCACGACAACGCUCUACUCCCUGGCGCAGUGCACGCCGGACCUGUCCACUGGCUACUGCCUGGCGUGCCUCGAGCAGCUCCUGGGCACCGUCACCACCACCAACUCCUUGCGCCUAGGAGGACGGAUCUUCCUGCUCCGCUGCAACGUCAGGUUCGAGGCGUUCAUGUUCUUCGACGACAAAAACAUACGGCGGAUUCCAUCUCCAUCAUUCCUCGCUCAGGCACCGGCGGCGCCUACGGCUACAGCAGGCAAGAGACAUGAAGUCAAACCUUGGGUAAUUGCCUUAUCGGUGGCAGCUCCAGUAGCGCUAGCUGCUCUCUGCUUCAUCCUUUACCAUGGUUGGCAUCUUAGAACAAAGGGCACAAAAGAUAAAGGGACGACGUUGCAAGGAAAGACUACUCACGAGUUUCAAGAAAGAGAUGAACUAGUUUGGGAAAUGGAAACAGAGUUGGCUGAGUUUGCAGUAUUUGACUUUCAUCAGAUAUUAGAGGCUACAGUUAACUUUUCCGAGGAAAACAAGCUUGGCCAAGGUGGAUUUGGCCCUGUUUAUAAGGGCCAUUUACCUGACGGAAAUGAGAUAGCAGUGAAGAGACUUGAUUCACAUUCACAACAAGGUUUCAUUGAGUUCAAAAAUGAAGUUGAGCUCAUAGCGAAACUUCAACACAGAAAUUUGGUUAGGCUCAUGGGAUGUUGCUCUCAAGGAGAGGAGAAAAUACUGGUCUACGAAUACUUGUCAAAUAAAAGCUUGGACUUCUUCAUCUUUGAUGAAAAUAGAAAAGCACUACUGGACUGGGACAUACGUCUUGCAAUAAUUGUGGGGAUAGCAGAAGGACUUCUUUACCUUCAUAAGCACUCUAGGUUGCAUGUUAUACAUCGAGAUCUUAAACCAAGCAACAUUCUCUUGGAUAGCGAAAUGAAUGCAAAAAUUUCAGAUUUUGGACUAGCAAAAAUAUUCAGUUCAAAUAACACCGAAGCAAAUGCUACAAGGAAAGUAGUUGGUACACUUGGCUACAUGGCACCCGAGUAUGCUUUCCACGGUCUCUUCUCUAUCAAAUCAGAUGUCUUCAGCUUCGGUGUUUUGACUCUUGAGAUCCUUAGCGGGAAAAGGAAUUCUCAUGAAUGUGGAAAUUUCAUCAACCUCCUUGGACAUGCUUGGCAAUUAUUUGAAGAGGAAAGCUGGGUCGAUCUCAUUGAUACGGCAUUGCUUCCCAACGGUCAUUCGGAAGAAAUGAUGAGGUGCAUUAACAUUGCAUUGUUAUGUGUACAAGAGAGUGCAAUUGAUCGACCAACCAUGUUGGAUGUUGUCGCAAUGCUAAGCAGCAAGACCAUGAUCGUAGAUAAGCCUAAGCACCCGGCAUAUUUCACGGGGGACAAAGAAGCACCCACUACAAAUCAGUCGUGUAGUGUUAAUGAUAUAACUAUAUCUACACUAACCCCUAGAUAGUUUUCUUUUGUAUCAGCGUUGUAUGAGCUUAGAUGGUGUGUAGUGCAUAGGCUUGAAGUAUUAUAUGAAGUACAUGACCUUCUCGAUAUUAUAGA